AACAACUCACACACGCUAAAUUAAAAUGAUAGGGUGGGAAGACAUCUACAAGGUAUUAGCGUCAAUGUUUCCGCUAUACGUAGCACUAAUCUUAGGGUAUGGUUCAGUGAAAUGGUGGCACAUGUUCAAACCAGACCAUUGCGAUGCCAUAAACCAGCUCAAUUGCUACUUCAUUAUGCCUCUCUUCACAUUCGACUUCACAACCCGAGUAAAUCCCUAUAAAAUGAACUUUCGUUUCCUAGGGGCAGAUGUCAUCUCCAAAGCUGUCAUCAUCAUAACAAUCUCAUUAUGGGCAAAGCUUUCUACUAAAGGAAACUAUCCCUGGUCAAUCACAAGCUUCUCCUUGUCUACCUUGAAUAACACACUUGUUGUAGGCGUUCCCCUUAUUGGAGCAAUGUAUGGGCCUUUUGGAGAAAACCUUGUCAUCCAAUCCUCGAUUUUGCAAUUUACGGUUUGGAUAAUAAUCCUACUGAUGAUGUACGAGUUCCAAAGUGUAAACAAAUCCUUGACGAAUGACUCAACAACAGAUGAUCUAGAAGGCCAUACCGAGGAGGAUGCGAUAACUACAAGGCCAUCGCUUUUGAUUUUAAUCAAGAUUGUAGGGUUUAAGCUUGCUAAAAACCCUAAUGCGUAUGCAUGCAUCCUUGGGCUUGCAUGGGCACUUGUAUCGAACAGGUGGGAUUUGAAAAUGCCAACUAUUGUGGAAGGAUCGGUGCUGAUCAUGUCAAGAGCUGGUUCAGGUGUUGCCAUGUUUUGCAUGGGACUGUUCAUGGCAUUACAACCCAAGAUAAUUGAUUGUGGUGCGACUCUAACUGCAUUUGGGAUGCUACUGAGGUUUGUGGUAGCACCAGCAACGAUGGCUGUUAGUUCUUUUAUUAUGGGUUUACGAGGUGAUGUCCUUUGUAUUGCAAUUAUUCAGGCUGCACUACCACAAGCCAUUGCAUCAUUCGUGUUUGCCAAGGAAUAUGAACUGCACACAAGCGUGCUUAGCACUGCGGUCAUUUUUGGCACCAUAGUGUCUAUUCCUUUGCUGAUAUCAUAUUAUGUUGUACUUGACUUGUUAAAUAAGUGAUAUUGUGGUUAUUGUUGAUGAAAGUUAAUUUUACAUGCGGUUAGAUUGUUUGUGAAAGUUUUUCCCAGGUAUCGAUAAGUUUUGAUUCAGUUGAUCAAUUCAAUUUGUAAUCCAUUCAAUCUUACUCAAAAUUUAGAAAUGUAUUUUACAUUUUAUUUUAACAAAAG